CUGCAACAUCCAAUCCAUGAGUGAGAAUUGAAAGAGUGAUAGAGAUAGAAUAUGAAACUGGGAACGGCAAGAGGAAAAGUCAUAAUGCCGCCAUUACGGCCCCCCAGCAGCUUAUUGCUUCAUUCUAGGGUUGAUGUUUGCCAUGUAGUGGGGGGUAUUAUUCUCCAACACUUAUAAAUAAUAUAUAUAUAUUUCUUUAAUCUCUACUCCUUCGUCACUCUUAUCUAUGAUCAAAUCAUUAAUUUAAUCCAAUUCUUUCCCUUUUCCUUUAUGUGAGAGAAAACCCUUCUCCUUUCUUCUCAUGUUCUACAGAACUGAAAGACUUUGCUCCUGGAGGCUUCUUUCUACCUUGUAAUCUCCCACUUUUCUUCUCUCAGAGAGACGACCAAUUUUGGUUUAUGCUGUCACUUUCAGAUCCUCGCAGAAGCUGAACUCUGAUUAUCCCAAUCCUAUGUUUGCUUUGUAGGUGAGCUCUGGUUGAGGACAAGGCUAAAUGUCAUUUCGCAGCAUUGUUCGUGAUGUUAGAGACAGCUUUGGGAGCCUAUCAAGGCGAGGCUUUGAUAUCAAGUUACCUGGUCAUAACAGGGGGAAAUCACAUGGCUCGUUUCACGAUUUACACGAGCCAUUAGUUGUUCAGAACAGUCAGUGGGCUAACCUUCCUCCUGAACUGCUAUGUGACAUAAUUAAAAGGUUGGAAGAGAGUGAGAGUGUGUGGCCUGCUCGAAAAAAUGUAGUUGCUUGUGCUUCUGUUUGCAGAUCAUGGAGGAGUAUGUGCAAAGAGCUCAUUAAAGGUCCAGAAGUAUGUGGGAAGAUGACUUUUCCUGUUUCCUUGAAGCAGCCAGGACCUCGUGAUGGAACCAUCCAGUGCUUCAUCAAAAGGGACAAGUCUAAUUUGACAUACCAUCUUUAUCUCUGUCUUAGCUCAGUUCUGCUUGUUGAAAAUGGGAAAUUUCUUCUUUCGGCUAAAAGAACCCGUAGAACAACUUACACAGAGUACAUCAUCUCAAUGGAUGCUAAUCACAUCUCAAGAUCAAGUAGUACCUACUUAGGAAAGUCCAGGUCUAAUUUUCUUGGGACAAAGUUCAUCAUAUACGAUACACAACCUCCUCCAUACUCGUGUACUAACACUACUACUACAACUUCAUCUACAACCGCCCCUUUGGAAAAAACAAGCAGAAGAUUCAACUCUAAAAAAGUAUCUCCUAAAGUCCCAACAGGCAGCCACAGCAUAGCACAAAUCACUUACGAGCUGAAUAUGUUAGGGACUCGGGGCCCACGGAGGAUGCAAUGCAUAAUGCAAUCAAUCCCCAUGUCGGCUUUAGAACCAGGUGGUUCUGUCCCCGGCCAGCCUGAGCUUCUUCCCUGCUCAGACUCUUUUCGCACGAUUUCUUUCUCAAAGUCUCUCGAUGAUCGCUCAUCAGAGUUUGGUAGUUCUAGAUUCUCUGAAUUCGAUUCAAGAAUUCUAAACGACGGAGGAGUAUCAGUAGAGGAAGAAGGGAAGUUGAAACCAUUGAUCCUUAAAAACAAGUCUCCUCGAUGGCACGAGCAGUUACAAUGUUGGUGCCUGAAUUUCAGAGGGAGGGUUACGGUUGCAUCAGUCAAGAACUUCCAAUUGAUUGCAGCCACGCAACCGCCACCACCGCCUUUAAAUUCAGGGAGGGCCCCACAGUCGGGGUCGCAGCAGACUGUCCAAUCAGAUCAAGAUAAGAUAAUACUCCAGUUUGGUAAGGUUGGUAAAGAUCUGUUCACAAUGGACUAUCGUUAUCCUCUCUCGGCAUUUCAAGCAUUUGCCAUCUGUUUGAGCUGCUUUGACACCAAGUUAGCUUGUGAAUAGAAUAAAAUCCAAAGAAACAAAACUAAGAUCAAGUGUAACUGAGUUGUGCCUUAUUCUUAACCUUAUUUUUAGCAUGGAUGGUGGAUUUGUUGCUUAACCUCUGAUGAACUCAAUGAGAAAUGUUUUUUUUUUAUUAUAUCCUCUCUGGACCAUGAUUUAACCGUUCACUUACAUGUGUGGUCGUCGAUGAUUCUCAAAACCAUCGUAUUUCAGGUGUCUUGUCAAGUUUCGUGCUGUCGUUUUUAGUUGGCAAUUCUCAA